UGGAAAAUAGUUUUCAAUCUUUGGAAUUAAAUAUUCUAAUGAAUGCUUACUUCCUCUUAACUCUUGACAAUGGUUUCUCUCUUAUGAAAGGCAGAAGAUGAAGAAUCUCUUGCCUCCCCUUUAGCUGAAAACAAUGAUGAUGCUCAAAUGGAGGACAGGAAAGUAAAUAUAACAGCUGUUAUAACAAUCAUCGCCCUCAUCAUUUUUGUCAUCCUUGCUCACGUCUGGUUGAAACUUUCCAAGGCUUUCUUCCUCAUUGCAGGGGCAGAUAUUGCAGUAAUCCUUGCAGUAUUUGCAUAUCUUCUAAUUAGAGGGCGAUAUCAACGCAGAAGAAAAUUGUUAGAGAAGAAACUGGUAUCAGAAGGUGUUGAGCUUCGAUUAGAGUACAGUUUUCUUAGAAAGGUAGCCGGUGUUCCAAUAAAGUUUAGGCACGAGGAGCUUGAGGAUGCAACAGAUAAUUUUCAGGCACUGCUUGGCCAAGGUGCAUCUGCUUCAGUAUUCAAAGGUAUCCUAAGUGAUGGAACCUCUGUUGCUGUGAAGCGAAUAGAUGGGGAGGAGCGUGGGGAAAAGGAAUUUAGAUCAGAAGUUGCAGCAAUUGCAAGUGUGCAACAUGUAAAUCUUGUGCGUCUUAUUGGGUAUUCCUGUCCUCCCGGAGGGCCUAGGUUUCUUGUUUAUGAGUUCAUCCCAAAUGGCUCAUUGAAUAAUUGGAUCUUCCCCAGAAGGGAAACUAGAAAUGGUGUUGGCGGCUGCUUGUCAUGGAACUUAAGGUACAAAGUUGCUAUUGAUCUGGCCAAGGCACUUUCCUACCUACAUCAUGAUUGCCGUUCAAGGAUAUUACACCUUGAUGUCAAGCCAGAAAAUAUACUUCUUGAUGAGAAUUAUAGAGCAAUUGUGGCAGAUUUUGGUCUUGCAAAGUUGAUGGGAAAAGAUGAGAGCAGGGUCAUUACAACAAUCAGGGGGACUAGAGGUUAUCUGGCCCCAGAAUGGCUAUUGGAGCAUGGAAUUUCAGAGAAAUCUGAUAUCUAUAGCUAUGGAAUGGUUCUUUUGGAGAUGAUUGGAGGCCGAAGAAAUGUUAGUGUGAUUGGAAAUGGCGCUGAUAGGUCGAAAAGGAAAUGGCAGUACUUUCCUAAAAUUGUGCGGGACAAACUAAAAGAAGGAAAACUAAUAGAAGCUGUUGAUCACAGGCUACUUGAAGCAGGAGGCAUUGAUGAGAGUCAAGUGAAAAGACUUGUUUAUGUAGCUUUGUGGUGCAUACAAGAGAGGGCGAAUCUAAGGCCUAGCAUGGCACAAGUGGUUGAGAUGCUUGAAGGGCUUGUGCCUGUAGAUGAACCUCCGGACACAAACAUGAUUGUUCUUGAUUUGUUAUCAAUAGAUGAAGAGGAUUCUGAAAGGCCAGAAAUUUCUGCAAUUGGAUCACAUGUAGACUGCAACAUUCCUGGCUCAUCUGCAUCCUCUUUUGUGAUAUCAGUGCUAUCGGGACGCUAGCUUCCUCUUACUGUCAUAGUUUAAUGUAGCUUGAGGUUCUUUUUCAUUUUUUUUUUGGUUAUAAUUUUUGUCAAAUAAUUCCACAUAUGAGAGAAAUCUGACAAACAGAUUUUUUUGAAGAGAUCACCUGUUCUUGUUUUCUCACCAAACUCAAUCUUCAGCAAAAUGCUGAAUGUAAACAAGGUUUUACUUGAUUUCU